AUGAUUAUCAUCCUAGAGAGCCGGGUGGAAUAUUGCAUUACAAAGGAGGGAAAUCAUCAGCUCAUGGUUCUUCAGAUAGGUGAAAUCACCAUUGGUGUUAGAGUAUUUUCGAUUUCCUCCCCUUUCAAUUCCCCAAAUAUAGAUGAGACAAAAAAAUUGAAUGGGAACAGCUUAGCUAAAUUUCCUCGGAGAACUAGUGGUUCAUCUGGACUUCAUCUUCAGGCACAACAGUCUGAAGAUCAAUUACAGCAGCAGUCACAGCCUCAGCAGCCACCCCCGCAUAUGGUUCCCCGUACUUCAAAUGGUGAUCAAAACUCUGUGCAAACUGCUGCUAUGCAAAUUGCUUCUACCAAUGGUGUGACAAAUGUAAAUAAUUCUGUCAAUGCAGCAUCUGCAUCAACUACCACCAGCACCAUUGUUGGACUUCUCCACCAGAAUUCUGUGAAUUCUAGACAAAAUUCAAUGAACAAUGCAAGCAGCCCUUAUGGAGGUAGUUCUGUUCAAAUUCCAUCCCCAGGUUCCUCUGGUAAUGUGCCACAAGCGCAGCCGAAUGCAUCCCCUUUUCAAUCACCCACACCAUCCUCAUCUAACAACCCACAAACAUCUCAUCCUGCCUUAACAUCUGCAAAUCACAUGGGUACAGCAAAUUCACCAGCUAAUAUUUCCUUGCAACAACAGCAGACAUCCAUUCCUGCUGAAUCCGACACAACCGAUGCCCAGAGCUCAGUCCAGAAAAUCAUUCAUGAGAUGAUGAUGUCCUCCCAGAUGAAUGGCCCAGGUGGCAUGGCUGGCUCUGGUUCUCUUGGAAACGACAUGAAAAAUGUAAACGGGAUUCUUCCAGGUAGUAACAAUACGGGUCUCAACAGUAACAAUGGCAGUGCCCUGGUAGGUAAUGGGGCUAUGAACAGUAAUUCAGGUGUUGGGGUUGGUGGUUAUGGCACAAUGGGUCUUGGUCCAUCUUCAAUGACCAAUGGAAUGAGACCUGUAAUGGGACAUAAUUCCAUCAUGAAUGGAAGGGGAGGAAUGGCAUCUAUUGCUCGCGAUCAGGUUAUGAAUCAGGAUUUGUCAACCCAACUACUUAGUGGGUUAGGAGCAAGCCGUUGUAAUCUUGUGGAUGUUGCGAUUCUUGGGCGGCUGCUUGUGCAGCAUGAGAAAUGCUGCAAUUGCCCUUGGCCCCUGGAAAUGGCAGAACGCAAUGGGAAAGUUGAUAGCUUGGGGCUGCAAACUGCAUGUGGCUAUGUUCGUCAGCAGUGGACAAGCCCGGGCACCGUAGAUAAAGUUGACUAG